GCACGGUGAGGUUUCUCAUGAAACCCUUUUGGAUCAUGUGUUAGAGCUGAUUAUGAAUGAGAAGCCUCCAAACAGCACAAGUCUGUUUCUGAGUGAAGAUUCUGAGAAGCCUCAGCGGGCCGACGAAGGGCUGCAGCGUCUGUGCAGGGCUAUACAGAAGCAGAUGUCUGGAGGCAGGAGAAAGAUGAGCGGCGUCACGCGAGAGAGCGUCAAGACCUUCCUGCGGCGGAACGCCUUCGUCAUCUUUACUGUGGCCGCCGUCGCUUUAGGUGUGCUGCUGGGCUUCGCUCUGAAACCUCAUAACCUGACUGCCAGAGAAGUGAAGUAUUUCUCUUUCCCCGGAGAACUGCUGAUGAGGAUGCUUCAGAUGCUUGUUCUACCUCUUAUCGUCUCCAGUCUCGUCACAGGAAUCUCUUCCUUAGACAGCAAGGCCUCUGGGAAAAUGGGAAUUCGGGCCAUUGUUUACUAUAUGGUGACCACAUUUAUAGCUGUUUUCAUCGGUAUUGUCAUGGUGAUUAUAAUCAGGCCGGGUAAAGGGAGCAGAGACAGCCCGAUGGCCUCUAGUGGCAGCAUUGAGCCGGUGCAGGCCGCUGACGCCUUCCUGGACCUGAUAAGAAACAUGUUUCCACCAAAUCUAGUUGAGGCCUGCUUCAAACAGUACAAAACAAUAUACAAGAAAACCGUGUUGACCAAAAACAUCACCAUCACGGUCAAUGCUACAGAAAUGAUGAACUCUACAGAUCUCCAGACGUCGAACUUCAGCACAGUCCUGCAGACGCUCCAGGAGACGGUGGAAGAGGUGGUGCCUGUUUCAGGUUCCUCUAAUGGGGUGAACGCCCUGGGGCUGGUGGUCUUCUCCAUGUGCUUUGGAUUAGUGAUCGGGAACAUGAAACAGCAGGGUCAGGCUCUGCGCGACUUCUUCGACUGCCUGAAUGAAGCUAUAAUGCGUUUGGUGGCGAUUAUUAUCUGGUACGCUCCGGUGGGCAUCCUCUUCCUGAUCGCGGGCAAGAUUGUAGAGAUGAAGGACCUCGUGCAGGUGGGAGGACAGUUGGGGAUGUACACAGUGUCUGUCAUCGUCGGGCUGCUGAUCCACGGCCUCUUCGUUCUGCCUCUGCUCUUCUUUGUGGUGACCAGGAAGAACCCUUUCACGUUUAUCGGUGGUCUGCUGCAGGCUCUCAUUACUGCGCUGGGCACAUCCUCCAGCUCUGCCACCCUGCCCAUCACUUUCCGUUGUCUUGAGGAAAACAAUCAUGUGGACAAACGAGUGACGCGAUUCAUGCUGCCAGUUGGAGCCACGAUCAACAUGGACGGCACAGCUUUGUACGAGGCAGUAGCGGCCAUAUUUAUUGCCCAAGUCAAUGAUAUGGACCUGAAUUUUGGACAAAUCCUCACUAUCAGUAUCACGGCGACUGCAGCCAGCAUCGGAGCAGCAGGCAUCCCUCAGGCUGGACUGGUUACCAUGGUGAUAGUAUUGACAUCGGUGGGACUGCCCACAGAGGACAUUACACUCAUCAUCGCAGUGGACUGGUUCCUUGACAGACUCAGGACCACCACCAAUGUGUUGGGGGAUUCCUUCGGUGCUGGGAUUGUUGAGCACUUGUCACGACUGGAACUUCAGAACCAAGAUGUUGAAAUCAGCAAAUCUGUGAUCGAGGACACCGAAAAGCCGUACCAGCUGAUCUGUCAGGAGAACGACUCUCUGAUGCACUGCAACAGUGAAACCAACAUGUAACCAACCUCAGCACUAUUAUAUAUAGAACAAAAAACUACAGUGUGCUCAAUCAAAUACUGUAAGCAACACACACAUAUCAGUAUGUUCAGAAUGUGACUAAAUGAAACACCAAUUCAAAUGAAAGAUUUGUGGUUUUAUUUGUCUGUAUUUUGUAGUAAUUUUGAAGCAAAUUACAUCCAAGGCAGAGUAGCACCCAAUGACAUCACUAUGCUAGUUUUAUACUUAAUGCUUCAAGACUGUUUUAAACCUUAUACAUCUUUGUAUAAAGUAUAAACAGUAUUUUCAAAUGAAGAUAUAUGUUGUUAUUAAACCAGCAUAUUUACAAUAACUUGUAGAAGUUUGAACUGUAUUACCUCAUACACAUAAUGCCAGACUCACAUAUAGAGACUAAGGCAACUUUUCAAUGUUCAUAUGAUGUUCAAUUUUACUAUACAAUGCUAGAGUUUUACUCUAUGGUGUUGUGAAUGUAAAAGUAUAGUCCCUUCCCUAAAUUUGCUUUUAGUGAAACUAUUAAUAGAAGUAGUAUUAUAUUAUAAUUUAUAACAAUAAAUAUUAUGUUUAUGAUAGUCUGCCAUUAUUUUUGAAUGUUGCUAUUAGAGAAAGUAUUAUCAGCUAGUAGUGCAUUGUUUAAAAGGAAUAGUUCACCCUGAAAUGAAAAUUCUGUCACCAUUUACCCACCUUUGAGUUCUGAAUCUGUGUACAUUACCCUGUUCUGAUAAACACAGAGAAAGAUAUUUGGAAGAAUAGCUUUUAAAGUUCUUGGACCCCAUUGCCCAUUGACUAUAGUAGGUGCAAUUGCUUUAUAUAUAAAUUAUGUUCUGUUGAACACAAAAGAAGAAAGAAAGAAAACAGUUUUGGGGCACCAUUGACUACCACUGUCGUUUUUCCCACUAUGGUAGUCUAUGGUGGCCAAGAACUGUUUGGUUACAAGCAUUCAUCAAUUUUUUGUGUUUAACAGAACAAAGAAAUGUAUACAUGUUUGAAACAACUAGAGAGCGAGUAAUUCAUGAUAGAAUUUAAUUUUUUGGAUGGACUUUAGGAUGGACCUUUAAUUAAAUCAUUUGAGCUUUUUGGUUCAUUUAUGCUUUGUGUCCUAUUUCUAAUUUACCGUUUAUGCUGUGAUGUGUCUAUGAUGAGUUUAGAUAAUUGUGAAUGUGAUUAAAACUGAUCUAUGGGCCAAAUGUGAAAAUAUACACCCCUCCUGUCA